AUGGCGGUCCCAAGAAGCGUUCAGCGUCUGCAGCAGACCCUCUCGCACGUCCACCCCGCCGCAGCACCGCUGCAGCUGUCGAUCGUCGCCGGCCCGACGAAUCCGAAGCUGCUAGACAUUACGCUCGGCGAGUUGUUGACCAUUCAGGCGCUGCAAUAUGGCGACUAUGAGUGUCUGGUGUUUCCCUGGACCGGCGCUCGCUGGACCUAUGCCAACCUGAAGGAUGAGGCCGACCGGGUCGCCCGCGGAAUGCUGGCCAUGGGCAUUCGAAAGGGCGAUCGCGUGGGCAUCAUGGCCGGCAAUUGCGAGCAGUAUAUCUCCGUGUUCUUUGCGGCCGCGCGCGUUGGCGCCAUCCUGGUCGUGCUGAACAACACCUACACCCCGUCCGAGCUGUCCUAUGCCCUCAACCACUCCGAAUGUCGUUUGCUCUUCAUGACCCCCCAGAUCGGCCGCCAUAAUCUGGAAGAAGUCUUGACCGAACUCGGCCCGCACCCCAAGCAAAACGGCACCUCCAGCUCGCUCGACGAGAUCGUCAUCCUGCGCGGCACCUACAAAAGCUUCACCACCUACGCUGAUGCCAUUGAGCGUGGUGAUUCGCAGCCCGCCCACGUCCUCCAAGAUCGCGAGUCGGAGCUGCGCCCGAAGGAUGUCUGCAACCUGCAAUUCACCAGCGGCUCCACGGGCAACCCCAAGGCCGCCAUGUUGACGCACCACAACUUGGUGAACAAUUCGCGGUUUAUUGGCGACCGCAUGAACCUCUCUUCCUUUGACGUUCUGUGCUGCCCGCCGCCCCUCUUCCACUGCUUCGGGCUCGUUCUGGGUAUGUUGGCCGUCGUCACUCAUGGUUCCAAGAUUAUUUUCCCCAGUGAGACCUUCGAUCCCAAGGCCGUGCUGCAUGCCAUCUCUGACGAGAAGUGCACGGCGCUUCACGGUGUGCCCACCAUGUUCGAGGCUAUUCUCGCCGUCCCCAAGCCCGCCAACUUCGAUACCUCGAACCUUCGCACUGGUAUCAUUGCGGGCGCCCCGGUUCCGCGCCCGCUCAUGAAGCGCCUCCUCGAGGAAUUGAAUAUGACCGAGUACACCAGCAGCUACGGUCUCACUGAAGCAUCCCCUACCUGCUUCAACGCCUUCACCACUGACAGCAUCCACACACGUCUGACCACCGUGGGUAAAGUGCUGCCGCACGCGCGGGCCAAGAUUGUGGAUGCACAGGGCAACAUUGUGCCCAUUGGACAGCGGGGUGAACUGUGCAUCACAGGAUAUCAGCUCACCAAGGGCUACUGGAACAACCCGGAGAAGACAGCCGAGACCCUUGUUACCGAUGCCGAGGGUGUGACGUGGCUGAAGACUGGUGACGAGGCCUCUUUCAACGAGCACGGUUACUGCACCAUCACUGGUCGCUUCAAGGAUAUUAUCAUUCGCGGAGGCGAGAACAUCUAUCCGCUCGAGAUCGAAGAGCGACUCACAGCUCAUCCCAACAUCGAGCUGGCUUCCGUCAUCGGGAUCGCUGAUCAAAAAUACGGUGAGGUUGUGGGCGCCUUCAUCCAGGUGGUCCCCGGCCACAGCCGACCGGCCGACGAGGAUCUGCGUAGCUGGACGCGAGAGACUCUGGGCCGACACAAGGCACCACAGCAUGUGUUCGUAUUCGGCGAGGAGGGCGUACCUAGCACCGUGCCUGUGACGGGAAGUGGAAAGGUGCGCAAGGUGGAGUUGCGCCAGAUGGCGACCGCCGCUCUGGCCAGCCGGGCGUAA